CCCCCUCCAGCCCCAGCGCGCGCGGCGCGCAGGCGCAGGCGCGGAGGGCGGGCGCGGGCGGAAUGGGGACUGCAGCGGCGGCAGCGGCGGCGGCCGGGGAGGGGGCGCGCAGCCCGAGCCCCGCCGCGGUGUCGCUUGGCCUGGGCGUGGCCGUCGUGUCGAGCCUGGUGAAUGGGUCCACGUUCGUGCUGCAAAAAAAGGGCAUCGUGCGCGCCAAGCGACGAGGUACUUCCUAUUUAACAGACAUUGUGUGGUGGGCAGGCACAAUUGCAAUGGCUGUUGGCCAGAUUGGAAACUUCCUGGCUUACACGGCGGUCCCCACAGUCCUGGUGACUCCACUGGGUGCCCUUGGAGUGCCGUUUGGGUCCAUUUUAGCUUCUUAUCUUCUAAAGGAAAAGCUCAACAUCUUGGGCAAGUUGGGAUGUCUGCUAAGCUGUGCAGGUUCUGUUGUACUGAUUAUCCACUCCCCGAAAUCUGAGAGUGUGACCACUCAGGCUGAGCUGGAAGAGAAGCUGACUAACCCAGUGUUUGUGGGCUAUUUGUGUAUCGUGCUCCUUAUGCUGCUACUGCUCAUCUUUUGGAUUGCACCAGCCCAUGGGCCUACCAACAUCAUGGUCUACAUCAGUAUCUGCUCUUUGCUGGGGAGUUUCACCGUGCCUUCCACCAAGGGCAUCGGGCUGGCAGCCCAAGACAUCUUCCACAACAACCCAUCCAGUCAACGGGCACUCUGCCUGUGCCUGGUGCUCCUCGCCGUGCUUGGUUGCAGCAUCAUUGUCCAGUUCAGGUACAUCAACAAGGCACUUGAGUGCUUCGACUCCUCUGUGUUCGGGGCCAUCUAUUACGUCGUAUUCACCACCCUCGUCCUGUUAGCCUCGGCCAUCCUCUUUCGGGAAUGGAGCAACGUGGGCCUGGUGGACUUCUUGGGUAUGGCCUGUGGGUUCACUACUGUCUCUGUUGGGAUUGUCCUUAUACAGGUGUUCAAAGAGUUCAAUUUCAACCUUGGGGAGAUGAACAAAUCUAAUAUGAAAACAGACUAGGAUGCAACAGGGGGGUGGGUGGCUCAAGGAAUAGGAAAUGGAUGUGGUUUCUGGUCCUAAUUUGAUGUGAAAUAGAAGAGACCCUAAUCACUGGUAUUAAAGUUGCUUGCAUAUUAAUGGGUGGUCUGGUGGACAGUAGGGAGCAUCGCUCAGCAUCCAAGUAGGGGCCCAGCCCUCUGCAGUGUAAAGUUGCUAAAUGGUUGUCUGGGCAUCAUCUCUCUCUGAUGAGAGGAAUCUCAUGUUCAUUGCCAUUAACCUGGAAGCUUUCAUGAAUACUAUUUCCUUUAACAAUAUUUUAACAUUAUUUAAUAGAAAAUAAAGUUGGGCUCUUUCCGGUUAGUCUUUGCAGGGGAGCAGAUAUUGUUACUUAGAAGAUUACUUUGGAAAUGGGGGAAAUUGUUGUCUUAUAGUCUGACUAUACAGUAAAUGUGUCUGUAGUUGUGUUAUUUUGCAUUAAGCAUGUAUAAAAUUCAGGUACCUCAUCCAAAUAAGAAGUAUAUACAUUUAAUUGUUUUUAAUCCGCUAAUGAGCUGACUCUCCCACCUCCUACUCCAAGACAUUUUAAUUGAACAUAGAGAGAGAAUGAGUGGACAUGAUGCAGAGUUCCAUUUAUAGGAUGACUUUCAAUAGCUCAAAUCAAUUUCAGUGCCUUUAUCACUUGAACUCUUCACUUAAUUUGACUAUUACUAUGUGUAUGUUCUCUUAGAAUAACUCUUUGAUUAUACUUUAAUAUUUCACUAUUCAAAAUAUAAAUGUAUAGAGCAGUUAGAAAUAACAGUAUAUUCAUUUGUUGGAAGAAAGUCACAGUGAAAGACACAUAAGAGCAAAUUGACCUUUUUAGCAUGUAUUUAUUGUCCAAUUAAAGACAGUUGACUUAAGUAGCAUAAGGUAUUUUAUUUGUAUUUAAUCUAUGUAACUGGGACCCAGUAUCAAAUAUAUCCACAUUCUCUUUCAGUGACCAUUGUGGCCAUUCCAAAGAAAUAAAUUAUUCAACUUGAUAAUAAGGUUGUUAGAUGAGAGAGUAACUGUUCAAUAGCACAUAUGUCAGGUUCCCUAUAAUACAGGAACAGGUUAAAAGACACAGUCAAGCUCAGGCAAGUUUCUGAAAAUUGGAACAUACAAAGUAAGUUUUCAAAAGAAUUUCUCCUAAAAUGAAAACAAUUAAUUUAGCCAUCUCCCUGUUGUUUGAGAUGGCAGAGCACCCUACAAUUCCUCACCCAACCUCUCAUUAAUCUUCUGAAAUGCAAAAUAGCCACUAAAUAUGCCAGUAUUUGGAUCAAAGAGAUCAUUUGUCUGUUUAUAGUAACCUCCUAUGUAUAGUAAGUGGGAGCAAAGCACAAAGUGAUGCAAAUUAUUUCAUCAAGAUAUCAUGUACUUCAUAUGCAAUGUCUUAUCUAAAUAGGGAACUGUGCCAAGUUGGAAAAUGGGAUUGGGUAAGGCAGAAUUAGCGAACUAGAAUAUCACAUUUAAUAAUACCCAAUUAAAGUUACUCACUAAGGAAAAAAAUAUUUUUUCAGGCAAAAAGAACAUUUCUAAAGACCAAAGAAAUUGUUCCCUAAAGUGUGGGGAGGCUAAAUAAAAGGCUAAAUAAAAGAGGCUAAAUAAAAUGAGGAUAGUUUAACAUACAGUGAAGAACACCUUUAUGAAUUAAAAGUAGAUGUGAUGGCAUGAGUUGUCAGUGAUUAGUGAACUAAGAGCAGCAACAAAAUUGUUUAAAAAAUUUUUAAUCUUACAUUAACUGACAGUUAAUAAAUACUCAAAAAGUCCCUCACUUUUUUUUAUCAGCUCCUAAAGAUUUGGGUUUUUUUAUUAUCAGGUAUUUUUAGGAAUGCAAGCCUUAAUUUAUUGAACUGAACUUUCUGAAAAUAUCAUGUAGCAGUGUCAGUAUAAUAGUUUCCUACAUAAGGAGUUUGAGACAUUAAAAGAAUACAUGUGGUGAACAAAAGUAUACUGAGAAAGUUCAUGUGUCUUAAGGAAAUUAUCUUGUUUAUUUUGUUACAGCUUACAGUUGAAGCUUAGUUUAAAUUCAUCUAUUAGUGUUCCUCAUUAUAUUUUAGUUCACGGUUACACCAUGGAUACUCAGCAGUGGUAUUUUCUGGAUGAUCAUCCCUGUUUUGUUUUGUUUUGUUUUGUUUUGUUUUGUUUUGUUUAUAGCAAAACAAAAUCUGAAAGUAGUAAUAGCUGAUCUCCUCUUAAGGAUGACUUGUUCUGGAACAGUUGGACUCUCCCAGGUUUAGCAGAUUAUUUUGGUGGGAUGAACAGCUUUCCUUCCAGUGGGACAAAGUUCUUAGGAUUGUAUUUCAAGUGUGUGACUCUAGCCUCAAAUGGACAUGACCAGCAGUCUAAAGAGCCCAAUUUUCAAGUUUGACAUAGAGCAUAUAACUUCUGAUUUAAUUUUAUAUAUAUAUAUAUAUAUAUAUAUAUAUAUAUUUUAUAAAUUCAUGUUUUCAUAAUUCAUUUGGAAUUGCAAAGAAAAAAAAGGCCUCAAAGUGAGAGUUUGGGAGGAGCUAGAAUGGGAAUGGGUCUCAUUGGUCUCUCCAAAAGUAAAUACAUAUGAAACAUUUUCAUGAUUAUACUAUUCCUUGGGCUUUAUCUCUGAUAAACUAAGAAGAAAUUUACCUACCGCCUACUUGUUUUCAAGCCUCUCUAAAAUCUUAUGUUUCUGAUCACAAUUUGCAAAUUUACUCUGGAUACUUAAAUAAGCCGUUUCUCUCCUCUGCUACUUGGACAAUGCUUUGUUUUUUCAUCUGAAUCUUUGCAUUUGAAAAGAUUGCUUUCUGUUUUGCUAAUUGAUCAAGUGUAGGGCCUAUUAAGGAUUCUGAGACCACCCUGGGCAUUUUGUUCUUCUAGAGGACUAUUCCAUCUCUGUAGAGAAGGUCCUUGAGAGGAAGGGUAGUCUGCUUCUUGCCACACAAGGAAUAAGAACUGCUCAUAACUCGUUCUUCAGUCAGAUGUCACUAUAGUAUUUUCACAUUAGAAUGUUAGUGAAAUACACUUUGCUGCUCUUGGUUCAGCAAUAAGAAAUAUUCUUUCAAUUCCUACUUUUCAAGCCAGUUUGUUAUACUCAGUAUUAACUCCAGAAGUUCAUUCCAGCUGUAGUAGGUUGGUCUUUGUUCUUUUUCUUUGGGUUUCAUGUCUGUCAGAACACUAUUAACGUGUACAGUCACCCCUCAUCUUCCUUCUUCCUUGACAGCUUCACUCUUUGUAAAUACUGUGUUCACUUCUAGAAGCUAGUUCCUAGACAUUUGUAAAGCACUGAUAUGCAGUGUCUUCCAGGUGUAGACAAGCACUUUGGUCCAUGGAGACCAAAGGUAUUGAUGGCUGCCUAGUUCUUAUUGGGAGAUGGUACCUCUCUUUUCCAAGCUGCUCAACUAAUCUAGAAUAGUGGAGAAAGUGCUCCAAUUGUCUACAGAGCCAUGGCCAUUGCUCUUUUUUGAUGCCUACUUGAUCCUGACUUAGACCUCUUAUGACCGAGUAGGAAACUGGAAAGAGAAAAAUGCUUCAAUUUAGAUCUGUUCAUGACUGUCUGAUUGGUUCCAGUGGUCUGAAGGAGUUAUCCUUCUCACUGUGUUUGAAACCAAGGAAGUAGUUCACCCAUCAAGCAGGAUUAGAUGGAAUCUUGGUGUUCCGCCUUCUCAGGGACCAAAAAUGUAACAUUAACAACUUAGUAUGACCUUCUUCCCAAGGACAUGUCCAUGUUAGUUUUUCAUAUGUUUUACUCAUAGUCAUAGCUAGAAGCCUGUUAACUUGAGUUGGAAAGAGAAAAGAUCAAGUUGCACACCAGUCACACCAUAAAACAGUUUAUCAUAUAAAAUACCUCAAUUUUCUGUAUUCCUCACUUCCACCUCACAGUUGUACUGGUGAUGAAUUUUAAGGGUCUGUCCUUUAGUUUAUUGGUGAUUUUUCACAUCUGGCCAGAUUCUUAUACCUCCAUCAUAUACUUGAAAAGAUUAAGAAUUAUAGGAAUGAGAAUGAGAAUUUGGCUCAGUAUCACUACUUGUUUAUUUUCAUAUACAUUUCUCACAUGCUGUGAAAUGCAACAAGAGAAUUAUAUUUUAAGAAAUGUAACUUUAUGUUACAUCAAAAAUUAUUGUGUAGUAAAAAGUUGAUACUCAGUAGAACAAUGAUCAUGUAAAUAAAUCUAUUUCAGAUGUACCCAAUGUGAUAAAAAGCAUUGUCUAGGACCCCAGAGCAUGAGCCAGGGAGAAAGAUUUAUUUGUUCUUUUCUCUAUUUUUCCUUGAAUUGUGCAACUAUAGGUGAGUCACUUAACCUUUCUGUGCCUCAGUUUCUCUACCUCUAAAGGGGUGAGAUGGUUCUCCAAAUCACCUGUUUUAGAGCACUCACACUUUUAGCGUGUGCUGGUAGCCUCCGACAAGAGUGUUAUGUGUAGGAUUGCUCUGGAGUGGUGAAGUGGAAACUCAGCUUGCACUGGGCAUCCUGUAUGCUCAGGACUGUGCUUUAGACAUGCAGCUUCAAGCACUGAGUAAGCAAAGGAAGUGCUGGGUGUAAAGUUUGCACGAUUCCAUGAAGCUUUAAUUUUUCUUUUUUUUUUUUUUUUUUUAAGGAAGGGUUUUAUAUAUUCUAUUAUAAAACGUGAAGGUUAAACAGGGACUUUUAAAAGCUGCACUGAAAGAUCACAUUCUGAUGAUGUGAUAAGAUUUUCUGACAUUCUGCAUAUGUUUAUGUUCUGCAGAAGAUUCAAUGACCUGUGAACCAGAUUGAUUCUGUUGUGUUAAAUUUGUUAGGAAUGAUGCUGAAAUUCCUGCUUCCAAGCAGCUCAACCCUGACCAUGAAUUACCUGACACCAGGUAAAUGUCAGGAGCUCCCAAACCACUAGUGCCAAAAGGUCACGUUGAAAAGUUUCUUUUCUUUGUCAGAAUGUACUAAUUCCCUCCCCCCACCUCUAUGUCAGUGUUUUUGCACUUUGGAAUAAUUUAAAGGUACUGUUUUCCAGUAGCAUUCCUGAGUGUUGUUGCCUUUUUAAAUGACAACUAUUACUUUCUUGUAAAAUGGAAUAUAAUCGUGAAAGAGAAGAAGACUAGAUAAAAAAUGUAAAAUGUUGAUUGACUGCAUAAGUUUUUUCCUGUAAAUGUAUCAGGGGAGCUUCCAAUUAGCAUACAUACACACAUUUGUCAAUGGCUAAGACUUGCUUAUCUUUUGCUUUACAGAAAUAGUCAUAGCAUGUUGUAAUUGCCUUAUGUAAAUAAAAAAGGCUAUUUAUUAAGUUUUCCAAUAAUAUUUAUUAAUCUGUAUGUGUUUUAAAAUAAAAUAACUUAUUUCUAGCUGAA